AUGAGUGAGUACAAAGAACUUAAGGACGAUAAAGAGGAGGAGAAGAAGAAUAAUCCUAACAGGCUUACCGCUCAACAACUGGCCGAUAUAAACACCGGCGAAGAAGGCUUAAACAGAAAUGAAUGGAAAAUAAGGUUUGACAGAGACGGCCCAAAUGAGCUUCCAGAGAAAAAGGUCAACCCAAUUCUUAAGUUUUUAUCAUAUUACUGGGGUCCUAUGCCAGUUAUGAUUUGGUGCGCCAUCAUCAUAGAGACGAUUCGUCUCUCACUGAUUGAUGCAGUCGUGCUUUUAAUUUUGCAGUUCUUCAAUGGCUUUGUAGGUUGGUAUGAAGAGAAAAAUGCUGGAAACGCAAUUGAAGCCUUGAAGAAAAACCUGGCGCCCAGGGCGAAGGUGAAAAGAGAAGGGAAAUGGGAGACUAUUGCUGCUAGAGAACUUGUACAAGGGGAUAGGAUUAACAUCAAGCUUGGAGACAUUAUCCCAGCUGAUUCCAUUUUAGGGCCUGGAUAUGCAGAAAUUGACCAGUCCGCACUGACUGGGGAAAGUUUGGCAGUCACUAGAUAUGAAGGAGAAACAGUCUACCAAGGUUCAGUCUGCAAAAGAGGGGACUUAGAAGCCAUCGUCAUUGCAACAGGUCCAAGGACUUUCUUUGGCAAAACCUCAACUUUGGUCGGACAAGUCAACCAGAAAGGAAACUUCCAAAGAGUCAUAUUGAAAGUCACAGGGAUUCUUAUGAUCGUCUCAUUCGUCUUAGUCGCUAUUAUCAUGAUUGUGGUGCUUACUAAAGGAAAUGAUUUCUUAGUGACCCUCUCCAUUUGUGUCGUCAUCUUGGUCGCUUCGAUUCCGAUCGCCACACAAGUCGUCUGCACUGCUACUAUGGCUGUAGGUGCCCACGCAUUGGCUCAGAGGCAGGCUAUUGUGUGCAAGCUAAGCUCUAUUGAAGAGUUGGCCGGCAUGCAAAUUCUUUGCAGUGAUAAGACUGGAACUCUGACCAAAAACGAGCUGACAGUCCAACAGCCAAUGAUGCUUAAGAACUAUACAAUUGAAGACAUCUUCCUUGCAGCUGGACUUGCAUGCAAAAGAGAAGUCGGGUCCCAAGACGCCAUUGAUAAAUGUGUCAGUGAAUACGCAAUCCAAAAAUGCAGAAUCAGCUUCCAAGGCUACGAAGAAGAAGACUUCAUCCCAUUCGACCCUAAGAACAAAAGGACUGAAGCUACAGUUAGAAACACAAAAACUGGAGAAACUUUCAAAUGUGCCAAAGGAGCUCCACAAGUUAUUUUGGCUAUGAGCAAAGACCCAAGCAUUGAAGAAGAAGUCACUAGGUUUGUAGAAGAGCUUGCUCAGCGUGGAUAUAGAACACUUGGAGUAUCAAGGACCAAUGCCCAAGGAGCUUGGAUCAUGCUUGGACUAAUUCCUCUUUAUGAUCCUCCUAGAGACGAUACCAAAGAAACCAUCCACAAAGCUAUACAAAUGGAAGUCAAGGUAAAAAUGAUCACUGGCGACCAAAUUGCCAUUGCAAAAGAAACUGCAAAACUCCUUAACCUUGGAGACAAAAUCUAUAACUCAGAUCUUCUCAGUGAAGACUCUUCAGCUGUACAACGUGAACUAUUGGACACUUUGGUUGAGGAAGCUGACGGCUUUGCUGAAGUUUUCCCUGAACACAAGUUCGGUAUUGUCAAGAUUUUACAAGACAAAGGCCACAGAGUUGGUAUGACAGGAGAUGGUGUCAAUGAUGCCCCAGCCCUUAAAAAGGCUGAUGUGGGUAUUGCUGUUGAUGGAGCUACUGAUGCUGCAAGAGCUGCUGCCGAUAUUGUCCUUACAAGCCCAGGUCUUUCUGUCAUUAUUGAAGCUAUUUAUAGAGCUCGUAAAAUCUUCCAAAGAAUGAACAAUUACUGCAUUUACAGAGUUGCCUGUACAGUUCAAUUGCUGCUUUUCUUCUUUAUCACAAUGUGCUCAGUGAACCCUGACAGCGAUUUUACUUGCCACUAUCAUGAUGAUAAGGACGCUUGCAAGCACAUUCCUAAUACCUUUAGAGAAAUAAAUGGUGAUUUUGAUAGAAAUUGAGCUCCUAGACGCACUCCUAUGUAGCUGGUAGGGCCCAUCCUGAUAAAGCUGAAAACAGGGUUCUGUCCUUUUUUGAAGUAGGCCAUCAGGCACAGAGAUUAUUUGCUGAAGAGGGAAGUUUUGUAUCUCCCUCAAAGGUUUUUUUUGAGCCUGCCAGAUGGACUAGACAGUUUUACCUACCACAUGGUCUUUCCUUGUCGUAACCAUCGGGGUACUUUACAGACGGUGGCUCCGCCAUAGGGAGCUUAUCCCUUGGACAGGUGGAAAUCCAAAACAGCAGCCUCUGAUUUAUCCAUUUCGUUUCUCGGGAUGUUGGAGGAGGCUAUUUUGGAGCUGAGACAAGGCAAAGUUAUUGGGCUUGACCGCUUAUGGUCAGUUAAUCGUUUAAGUUUAAGUUAACACCUUUAAGAAAUAAAAUGGAGAAGUUGACGUAAAUCGGACUUCGAGACGAACUCCCUAUGCCUAUGAAGCAGGUUGAGGAAGAUGAAAACAGGACCUUUGCCCCUUUUUAAGUAAGCCUUCAGGCUUGAGGAUGCCUUACUGAGAGGGAGCUUUUUUCUUCCGAAGGUUUUCCUGCCUCUCUGAGAUGGGCUAGGCAGAUUUGACUCCCACAUGGUCUUCUAUCAUUGAUACCAUUGGCACUCUACAGAUGGUGACUCUGCCCUGGAAAGCAGAUCCCAUGGACAGGGUUUCAGGUCAGAAAUCCAAAAUAUCGCCAUUCUGGAGUCAAGGUUGGCGACGGCUAUGGGCUACCCACUUAUGGCCAGCAUAGCCUGUUAAUUUAUUUAAUUUUUAACACCUUUACACUCCCAGUCAUUGCCAUCGUGCUGAUUACAGUCCUCAAUGACGGUACCAUCGUAUCCAUUGCAUAUGACAGAGUAACUGUCUCAAAGAAGCCAGAACGAUGGAAUUUAAGCUUAAUGUUCUUUAACGCUAUCACCUGCGGAGGAAUUGCUUUGGUGUCUUCAAUUAUUUUGUUAUUGACAAGCUUAGAUAACUUGGAUACCAGAGACGCCGAUCCAUUUUAUAAUGCUUUCAAUAUCGGAGUCUUCAAGUAUGGAGAAGUGCUGACUGCAAUUUACAUGAAGGUUGCACUGUCUGAUUUCUUGACCUUGUUCGCAGCAAGAACUAACAGCUGGUUCUGGACAAGAAAGCCAGGAAAUAUUUUAUUGUUUGCCUUUGUGUUUGCAACAUUAUGUGCUACUUUCUUUUCAACUUAUUGGUUCUUGAACUUCAGCAACGGAGAUUCUGGAAAUAUUCCUGACAUGAAGCCAAUUUCUUGGAAGCUUGCUGGAUUUAUUUGGGGAUUCGAUAUUAUUUUCUUCAUUCUUCAAGAUAUAGUUAAGGUGUAUCAGUUGAAGUUCUUUGAUUAUUACUAUAGCCUCCAAGGAAAAGAUACUGGAUACUCUGGAGCUGUGCUGACUGAUACAUUCUUAUUUCCCUAGCGUAAAAUUUUUAUAAAAAAUUAUUUUUUUUUUAUUAAAUAAAAAUUAUUUUUUAUUUUUGAAGGGAAAAGUUAGUCUUCACUGGAGUAACCGAUGGUAGAGAAAAUAAAAGAUCAAUUGUUACUAGAAGAUCAAUGGCAGCAGCCGGAGUUUAA